AUGGGCAAUACUAUAGCAACGCCCAGUAGCCAUGGCAAUUAUCAGUCAAGUAGACGACCAUCUCAAAAACCAUCAUCUACAAGGAGUUUACGUAAAAUGACUUCAUCAUCUACCUUAUCUAGUAUAAAAUUAUAUAAACAAAACAAUAAGUCUGAAACCUCUCUAUCCUCUAAAAUGUCGACAAAGUCUUCGAAUCGUCAUCCAUCUACUUUUGGUGAGAAAAUAUUGGACAUUAGUAAACCAACUAAAUUUGAACAUGGCAUUCAUGUAGAAUAUAAUAGAGAUAGUGGGAAAUACAUGGGAUUACCCGAUGUAUGGCAAUCAAAUUUACCAAGCGAUGAUAUAUUAGAUACACAUUACGUUACUCCUCAUCUUGUACCCUCACCAGUUAAGCCAGAAUGUAAAAGUAUUCCCCUCCCUUUAAAGCAAUGUUUAAGAAAUGAACAAGGAAUGUCUCCUUAUUUUUGUGAUUCAGAUGCAUCACAGAAAACGCCUACAUUAAUUGGAAAACCAUACAAUGUACAACACAACAUUCAUGUCCAAGUGGGUAAAUAUGGUUUCAAAGGUUUACCACUUGAAUGGCAAAAGAUUUUAUUAGCUUCAGGUGUGCCUGAAGAAGUCGUUCAGAAUAACCGGAAAACAGUUGAGAAUUUGAUGCAUCAUAUUCGAAUGCCAGAUUCACUUCAGUCAGAUAAUAAACAGCAGCUAGAGUUUAAAGAAAAGAAGGAAAUGACGUUACCAAUAGGUUAUGCACCUCCUUCAAGAGCAAGAUCAUCUAAAUUAUUACAUUUAUCUUUAUUUAAAUCCUCUAUUGAUAUACCACCCCUUCCUGAAAUAGACGAUUCUUCACUUUUUAUGAAUUCCGUUACAGACCCUAAUACAUUAUAUACCGACUUUAUAUUGAUAGCAGAAGGUGAAUCAGGACCCAUGUAUGCCGCUAAACAUACCAGUACAAAACGCAUUGUUGCCAUCAAAAAGAUUCCCCACAAGGCAGAAGAGAAACUAAGCAAGAUAAGAAACGAGUUGACAACGAUGAAGAUGAGUCGACAUCCGAAUGUGGUUGAGUUUAUUGCCUGUUAUACCACCCCAGAAGAAAUUUGGGUUGUGAUGGAAUGCAUGGAUGUUUCUUUGGCUGAUAUUAUUUCGAUUGAACCAUUACAACCUCGUAUGCGUGAGGAUCAAAUUGCACGUGUGGCAAGAGAUAUCUUGAGAGCUCUCUGUCGAAUUCAUCGACUCAAUCGUAUACACCGAGAUAUUCGAAGUGAUAACAUCUUGUUAAAUUUACGGGGCGAAAUUAAGCUAGCUGAUUUUGGACAUUGUGCUCAGCUUUCAAAAUCUCAACCUGAACGUAAUUCAAUUGUGGGUACACCUUAUUGGAUGGCACCAGAAGUGAUUAAAGGAUUAAACUAUAAUGCAAAAAUCGAUAUUUGGAGUUUAGGAGUGGUUUUAAUAGAGAUGGCAGAAGGCAAUCCACCUUAUGUAGAAUACCCGCCUUUAAGAGCUUUAUUUUUAAUUGUAUCAAAUGGUUUACCUCCAUUAAAAGAACCAGAUAGAUGGUCAGAACCAUUUAAAGAUUUUUUGAAAUUAUGUACGAUAGAGAAUCCAGAAGAAAGGCCAGAUGCAGAAACGUUAUUAAAGCAUCAUUUUCUACGUUCUGUGGGUACAGCAGAAGAUAUAAUUGAACUAAUUGAAGAAACACGUAGAUUAGAAAUGUUACAACAAGAAGAAGAAGAAGAAGAUGUGAUAGAGGAAGAAGAGAGUACAGAAAAAGGAUGUUCAUAA